ACCUUCGUAAAAUAUGCAGUUCUGCAUUGCGUGGCUGCACAGUCCUUCACAGAAGUCCCACCCUCUUUCUACAGGAAUCGGCACAAGACCGAGUAGGCUACUCGUGUAUUUUAUUGUAAAAAAAAAAAUACGGGCUCGAUGAAAGUGGCGCACGCUUUCUGUUUAGGAGUAUUUUAAGGUUAUGUAGUAGAUGAAAGACGGAAGCUAUCCCGACACAGUUAAGAGACUGGAUCGCGUCUACAGUCCACAACCUAGUAUAGUGUUCAACCUUUAUUUAUUAAUUUAUUUAUUUAUUUUACCGUCUGGGCCUGUGUUUUUAUGAUUUCAAUUAAACUGUGAAAAUGUACCAGAUAGUUAGGAAACUUGUAUUUACCGAUUCACAAUGUUGGGAUGCCGAGAGCAAGAGGUCGUACGAGGAUCUUUUUGAGAAGCUGGAUACCAACAAAGAUGGAAAAGUGGACGUUGCUGAACUGAGAGCGGGCCUAAAAGCAAUGGGAAUAUCGUUUCGCAAAGGUGCAGCGCAGAAAAUAGUGACAUCAUGGGACAAAAAUAAAGAUGGCAGCCUUGACUUUCAAGAGUUCUCGAGGUAUCUGAAAGAACACGAGAAGAAGCUGCGGCUGACAUUCAAGAGUCUCGACAAAAACAAUGAUGGUCGUAUUGAUUCUUCAGAAAUCCAGCAGUCCCUGGCAGAGCUUGGGAUGGACAUUACCAAGGAGGAUGCUCGGAAGAUCUUGAAAAGCAUCGACGUGGAUGGCACCAUGACAGUGGAUUGGAACGAGUGGCGUGAGCACUUCCUGUUCAACCCGGCCACCAAUAUCCAGGAGAUCAUCCGCUACUGGAAGCACUCCACGGUCCUGGACAUCGGGGACAGCUUGGCCAUCCCUGAUGAGUUUACAGAGGAGGAGAAGACCACUGACUUUUGGUGGAAGCAGCUAAUGGCUGGCGCCAUGGCGGGGGCAGUCUCACGCACAGGCACUGCCCCCUUGGACAGGAUGAAAGUGUUCAUGCAGGUUCACUCUUCUAAAUCCAACAAUAUCAGCUUGGUAGGGGGCUUCAGGCAGAUGAUCAGGGAAGGAGGCUUGAGGUCACUGUGGCGGGGGAACGGAGUCAACGUCCUGAAGAUAGCGCCUGAGACCGCCAUCAAGUUCAUGGCCUAUGAGAAGUAUAAGAAGUACUUGGCGUCAGAAGACGGGACUGUCCAGACCCAUCAGAGGUUUAUAGCAGGUUCUCUGGCUGGGGCCACAGCGCAGACUGCCAUCUAUCCCAUGGAGGUAAUGAAGACCAGACUAACUCUUCGGAAGACAGGCCAGUAUUCUGGAAUGUUGGACUGCGGCAAGAAGAUUCUAAAGAAGGAGGGGCUUAAGGCCUUUUAUAAAGGCUAUAUCCCCAAUAUCAUAGGAAUUAUUCCCUAUGCGGGAAUCGACCUGGCAGUUUAUGAGAGCCUGAAGAAUGCCUGGUUAUCACGGUAUGCCAAAGACACUGCCGACCCUGGCAUCUUUGUCCUGCUCGGCUGUGGGACUAUAUCAAGCACCUGCGGGCAACUGGCGAGUUACCCUCUCGCCCUGAUCAGAACCCGCAUGCAGGCACAAGCAACCGUGGAGAGGUUUGAGCAGUUGACCAUGAGCCAGCUGGUCACAAACAUUGUGACCAAAGAAGGGUUUUUUGGACUGUACCGAGGAAUUCUCCCAAAUUUCAUGAAGGUCAUCCCUGCCGUCAGCAUCAGCUAUGUGGUGUAUGAGUACAUGAAAACGGGUCUCGGAAUCUCCAAGUAGGAGCCCCAACCUUUUACAGUCUCGGUUAAAACCUUCCCUCCCCCCCUCACCUUAACAGCCUCCCGUGCCAGACAAUGCAAGCUGCAUAAGUGGACAUUCUGAAACACAAAGGUCAAAACAUGUGUCUGCUCUAAUGCCUGCAUGUGAGGGCCAAGACGUUCAACAUUCAAUCGAGGUGCUUCACAGUCCUGGGAUGUAAAUAUUUUAAGGUGUUUACCAUGCCCAGAAUUUAUCUCCUGUGUGGAGCUUAGUCAGCUUUGUCACAGCAAUUUAAAAAACUGAGGCAUUCUGAAACCAGUGUCAUUUGCUAAAUUUUGCAUUUUACAUUUGAACCAUAUGCUAAGUAGAAAAUGUGCCUUAUGCUCUGUUUAUAUUUGUUUUGUUUUUUUGCCAAUUAUGUUUUACAGUUAUGCUUUGGAGUUGGAUUUCUUCUUUUUUCCCCAAAAGACUGUCAAUUGACUACUGUUUAUGUGACAGAUUAGGUUGAUUUCGUAUGCUUGUGGUUUGAAUUGUAAUAAGGUGCAUAAGACUGUUCUUAAAGGGUUUCUGCUCCGGUUCCACAAGGAUCAGUAGCAGUAAUCUGGCAUGUCUGAUGACUGCCUCUUUAUUGAGGGCCUGUGUUUGGUCUUUAACUUUAAGCUGUGUUCAGUCUGACCACAUUGGUCUACCAUUUUCAUAAUUUUUUUCUUAUUUUCUACUCAGCAUCUGUUAUUCACAUUGAAAGCGACAACCUUGAGUGAAAACUAAUGCUUGCUUAGAAUUUUUACUGAAUGUUAUGGGCACGGUGCAUUGUGGUGAGGUUAAAGAGCGGCGUAAGCCAUCCUCAAGUUGUGGACGAAAUGUAAAUCUUGAGCUUUCAGGUGGUCUAUCCCACGAGCCACAUGGGGUAGACACACCAAAAGAAGUAGUUGCUCACUGGACACUCUCUAUACGGAAGUUCUAGUCUCUACCCUCUUGUAUUGACAGAUGCCAUUACAAUUGCAAUUGGUUAUUUAAAAUGAGAAAGCAAAGAGUCAUCAGCAGGGAUUUUUAAAAGCAAAUGUUCAGGUCUGUGACGUAACAAGCGAGCUUCCAAAAGUCUUUAGACAAUGCCUCUGUACCUCUACUGUUCAAUAAUAUGAAACGUGUGAUCUGCUGUAUAUUUAAGUUGUGGAUAUUCCCACACAGCUGCUAAAAUGUAACAAUAGUCACAAAAGUCUCAAUACAGUUGAAAGAGAGGAUCCCUUAAAUGCCUGUGUACAUUUCUUACUGAAGUAUUUUAAACCAGAUUCAAUAUUUGAGAAGUGGUUUAAAAAAAUCUGUUGUUGUCAUGUUAAUAUCAGUGGUUGCAUUAACACAGGAUUGUGCGUUUUUUACUAAGAAAAAGAACCAAAAUACAGGAAAAAAUACUGCUUUAUAAACGCAGAGAUUCUGAGGUCUUUUUUUAAGAUUACAAAAGGCAAUGACCCACACUGGAACCACAACAAAAUAAUUACUCCUGUUUCUUUGAGCCAGUCAUCUCCUCUGUGAUAUUUGUGAUUAUGGAUCAUAAUAUUUACACACCCGUUGGUAGCAUUGCGAGACUUGGAGAGAAAGCGCCUAAUUGGCGCCUAAAGCGCUGAAAAUAAGAUGUCACACUCUAGCUAGCUUCCUCAAUAUGAGUAAAACAGAAAUCACUGAAAUCAACUGAUCAGAAUGCCAAGACCUUAUUUGUACCUUAUUUCAUCUCACUAAUCCCCCUAUUUUAUCCUGUUUCUGUUACAAGUGUCAUAAAAUUAUGAACAACAUACAUUUGUGUUAUUGUGAGUUGGCAUAGUACGCAGCAUUCCAUGGGUAAGUGCAACCACUGGUUCACAUACAUUAUCUUUGUAACUACAGUACAAAUUUGGUUUUCUUUGGUUUUCUUUUAUGAAAAGGGAUUUUAGCAACCAGUCUUAAUUGCAGUUCACCCAUGAAGCGCUGGUUUCCUUGUACGUAUGAUGACAGUAGGCGUGAAUUUAAGCUGAGAAAAUGUGACUUCACUCCUGCACCGUGGACAGGGUUGAUGCUGUAUACAAUGCACACAUUUUACUCAGGGAACAGUGCAGUUUAAGAAUUUCAGACAUACCUGAUAAAUUAUGUUGUCAUACCUACAAAAAUGCAUAAUGGUGACAAGUGGUUGAUUCAAAGGGUGAAAAUGGCCUUGAAAUGAAUUGUGUGAAUUAUGACAGUCAGUCCCCUCCACCUUAAAUUUCUUACUGAAUUUGUUUGCCUCCUUGACCACAAGUCAGUGGUGCAAUCAUACAAUAAAAUGUUUCCUUGAUUGUAUUAUUCUUCUACUUGUAAGGAGAAACCAGUGGGGAAAUGGCAGAAUAUAUCUCAAACGGGUUUAAGUCUUUCAUAGAAAGUGUGUGCCUUGUCCCACCCAAUCAUCAGUGACUGAGAAAUCUGGCACAUAGUGCUCCAGACAGACUGAUUGACAUCUUGCAUGCCUUGGUGUUGUGCAUGAGCUCUGUAAAUGCUGCAAAACUCUUCACAUGCGAUUCAUUCAGGAGUAACGAGUGGAAAUUGUGUGAUGGUUUCCUUUUGCAUGGAUCAUCUGUCUCUUCAGACCAAUCGAUUGCUUCAGGGCAAAGUAAACAGUGUUUGGCAUAGGAAUGAAAAUGAGUAGUACCAUGCUGAUCGAACAGGUUUGCUGAGAAUACUAUAUGUUCACUAUGUAAAUGUCACCAUCUGGAGGCGCAUGUCAGUAAUAACUGCCUCUUCAUAUUAAAUGAAAAUUUCGAGACCAUUGUCAAACCAAA